AUGGGCUCCAACAAGUUCUCCUUCAAGCCACUGACGCUUUCGCCCAUCAACUUCUCUCUGACCGAGGGCACGUCGAUACCCGCGCCGCUCGACAGCCCGCCCGAGUCACCUCGCCCGCCCACGCCUGGAAAAGGCCCACUGUCGUCGCAUCCCACCCCAAAGUCGCCUGGCUCCCCGCCGCAGACAGAGUCGCCGCCGCCAGGCAAAGCGUCAGAGGACUCGGCUGAUGGCCACCUCCAGCAGAGCCGCACCAGCGAUGCGACCAGCGCCAUGUCGCCCACGAGCCCUUCGAGUAAGCGGCCUGCAUCCGUCCGCAAGUUCCUCGGCAUUCGGACGCUGUCGUCCAACGACAGCUUGAAGUCGGACCAGAGGCCGGGCUCGCCGGCUACAAUCAACAGCCAAGCACCCAGUCUCAGCAGGAGGAAGAGCGGCAGCUGGUUCGGCAAGAGGAAGACAUUCAUCUCCGGAUCUGUUCCAGAAGGCACUGUGGAUUCCACAACCUACUCGAAUGGCCGUACCGUCUCUCAACCUGCCGUACAGGCUGCGCAACCACCCAAGCCCAAGGGCCCACCGCCUCCAGCCCUGCCCGGCCUGAGCUCCUUCGGUGUCAACGAAGACACGCUGAGUCUAGGCGCCGAUGACAUGUUCAAGAACAUAGGAAAGGCAGACACGCCAAAGUCGACACGGUGGUAG